UGAUUGCCUGAGCUUAAACUCCUCUGGUGGAGGGGCUUAAUGCAGCGUUUCAGAAGGAUCCCAUCGGGCAGGUGGCACUCCUCGUUCCUGAUACCCCCCCCCCAGAGUCCCGUCAGCAACACCGGCACGGGAGAACUCCUACAGAUGGGGCACAUGCUCACUGAAGACUGCAGAAAGUUUUAAGGCUGGGAAAUGAGCGAAAUGGCAGAACCAGCAACUAUAACUAGACCCCUGAUAUCCUCCAAGCGACACAAGAGCAUAAGGAAGAAUUCCAGAAGGAUUUAUUCCCCAUAUCAGGAUGAUAAUGGACCAUCUGAUGAUGAGGAUAAGGAUGGAGAAAGAGUGGACAGCAAUGAUCCCGAGGAGUUGUUCCAGAACAUUCAGGUUCAGAAGGAAAUCAUCGCCAACAUCCGAACUAAACCCUGGCCGAUAAGACGCAAGCUAAAAGUGCUCAAGCAAGCCAGAGAGGUUGUUCUGAAGUAUGAGGGCAGACUGACCAGAACAAGAGGUUACCAGGCAGCCGGAGCAGAUUUGCUGAAGAAGAUUUCAAGAGUCUUAUAUAACAUUGUUGUCUUGUUCAUUCCCUGGGAGAUGAGGAUUAAAAAGAUUGAAAGUCACUUUGGAUCAGGUGUGGCCUCUUAUUUCAUAUUCCUGCGAUGGCUAUUUGGGAUUAAUAUAGUUCUCACUAUUAUGACUGGGGCCUUUAUCGUUCUGCCUGAGCUCCUGGCUGGCGCUCCGUUCGGUACCACCCGCAGCAAGACCAUUCCCAAGGAGCACCUUGCCUCCGCACAAGACCUGGACACCAUCUGGUCGCUGGGGGGAUAUUUGCAAUACUCUGUGCUUUUUUACGGCUACUAUGGCAAUGUGCGUAAAAUUGGCAGUGCCGGCUACAGACUACCCUUGGCCUAUUUUCUGGUCGGGAUGGCCGUUUUUGCCUACAGCUUCAUCACUUUGCUAAGAAAAAUGGCUAAGAACUCCCGCACAAGUUUAGCCGGUGCCUCUGAUGAGAAUUUCACCUUCUGCUGGCGCGUCUUCUGUGCAUGGGACUACCUGAUUGGGAACCCAGAGGCGGCCGAGAGUAAAGGGGCGGCCAUCGUCAAUAGCAUCAGAGAGGCCAUUGUAGAAGAGCAAGAGAAGAAGAAAGACACAAGCCUAGCUGUACUGAUCAGUUUGCGAAUUCUGGCAAACAUUCUGGUGCUGCUUUCUCUGACCGGCAGCAUCUAUAUCAUCUACUUUGUGGUGGAUCGUUCUCAGAAACUGGAGCAGGAGAAACCUGAGCUAACACUCUGGGAGAAAAACGAGGUGAGUGUGGUGGUGUCCCUCAUCACAAUGAUUGCGCCUUCAGCCUUUGAGUUAGUGGCUCAACUGGAGAUGUACCACCCAAGAACGAGUCUCCGUUUCCAGCUUGCCAGAGUUCUGGUGCUGUACCUUGGAAACCUCUACAGUUUGAUUAUUGCCCUCCUGGAUAAAGUCAACAGUAUGAGCUCUGCUCUUCCUGUGAGUCCAGGAAACGUGUCUGACUCAACAUCUUACCUAGCGACGAUUUCCCAGCCUACUGAGGACAACCUGUCCACCAUUGUCCCGGAUAUCGCAGAGCAGAGGAACAGUACACUGACCAUGACUCUUCUAGACCUCAACAACAGCAUGACCACCAUCAAGAGCACCAUAUCCUCCGGACAGCCAAUGAGAAUGCAGUCUCUGCUAAACCAGACUGUCGUCUAUUACAACACCAGAUCACAGCAGGACCCCUGCUGGGAAACAUAUGUCGGCCAGGAGAUGUUAAAGCUCUCCAUCAUUGAUAUGAUCUUCACGGUGGCAAGUAUCCUGCUCAUUGAUUUCAUCCGAGGACUGGUGGUUCGAUACUUGAGUGACUGCUGCUGUUGGGACUUGGAGAGCAAGUUUCCAGAAUAUGGUGAAUUUAAAAUAGCAGAAAAUGUUCUUCAUCUGAUAUACAACCAAGGAAUGAUAUGGAUGGGAGCAUUCUUUUCUCCCUGUCUGCCCGCCUUUAACGUCCUGAAGCUCAUUGGCUUGAUGUACCUGCGGAGCUGGGCUGUGCUGACCUGUAAUGUUCCCCAUCAGCAGGUCUUCAGGGCCUCCAGGUCAAAUAACUUCUAUCUGGCGAUGCUUCUCUUCAUGCUUUUCCUGUGUAUGUUACCAACCAUUUUUGCCAUUGUGAGGUACCGGCCGUCUCAGUACUGUGGACCUUUCAGUGGCCAGGAGAAGAUUUACGACAUCAUCUCCGAAACCAUUGCCAAUGACUUCCCGCUGUGGUUCAGUAAAGUGAUGAGUUACGUCACCAGUCCUGUGGUAGUGCUGCCCGCUCUGCUUCUGCUCUUCAUGCUGAUCUACUACCUCCAGUCCAUUGCUAGAUCACUCAAAGUCACCAACAGCCAGCUCAGACUGCAGCUGCAGACCGAGCGCACAGACGACAAGAAGAAAGUAUUUCAGUUAGCUGCAGCACGUCUGCAGGCACCUGAGGGCGGCGAUAAAAAGCCAGAACAAGAGAGCGACCUCACUAGUAUGGAGUCGUCCGCCCGCUCCACCUCCCCUCCGCGCCGCAACGGCAGCGUCACCAACUUCGAAUCUCCCGUCCGCCAUGAAAACAGCAUCCGGACCAUAACGCAGUCGGCUUCACGGCCUGACAUCCCUAGAGCCGCCGGAGCGACGCGGAGCCCCUCUGUCCCUGUGCGGCAGAAACACAAAGCAGAGCCUGUGGCUAGUAGUGCUUUCAGAAUGUACAGCAGCCCCUCAGUUCCUCAAAGACAAGUACGGCGAGUGGAGUACAUACCUGUCAGGCAUUCUGCAUACUUGGGCAGCACCAGCGGUUCCUGCCGCUCCAAGUCCUAUCACAACAUGGCCUACAACCCGUGUACACGGUACGCCGAGAACAUCCAUUCCGAUCCGCUGUUUCGGAAGACCCUCCGGCCCAUGCACGCUGAGCCUGGCGUAAUCACAGCUCAGAGCUAUGUAGGCCGCCGAGCACAUACGACACGCUACGUCAUCGUCAACGAACACGAAGCACGCAAGAAGCUCAUGCGCUCAAAUACACGCAUACCGAGACAUUACCGCCUCGCAGACGAACCGGAGAUCGUAGAGCUUUAUCCACGUAACGUGAAGUGUUACAUUCCUCGUACUCCUCACCGAAGCCACCAGCCACACCUCAGUGAGGAAGAGGAGGAGGAAGAGGAAGAUCCGAAGAGCAACACGAGGAGGGGAUCGUUCAGACAGUCUAACCGUCCGCGAUCGCUAUCUGACCUCCAUCAGACUGCACGAUUCUACAUUGGCGAAACGAUAAACAGUCAGUUGUCUAUGGAGCAAGGUUUAUACGCCGACGAAGAAGAGGACGAGCAGGAAGAUGACUGGGUAAACAACCCUCAAACAAACAUCCGAGGCCCAGAGUCGGCUCACAGGUAUGGCGAACCGUACGUCAAGCCUAAGACCAAGCACAAAGUGGAGCCGUCGCUGACCGAGUCGGAUUCGGCAUCGCUGGCGUCCAGUAGUGAUCAACAAAACAGCAGUACGGAUCAGUACAUCCAGGUCAUUCACAACAAAGAGAAGUACCUGAAGUCCAGCGCCAAGCUGACCAAAAAGAAAUCCAAGAACAGCGUUAAACUUAAUGUGUCUGGUAAUGAUCUUGUCUGCUCCAAUGUUUAACCUAUUUAGAGCUAAAACAGAGAUUAGGGCUCUGUUCGAAAACACUGGUAAGCUGUUUAAGUUUACGUAAACACCAAGUGUUUCAUAAGGUAGGUUGAAUUAUUAUCCUGCCUUCUAAAGGCUGGAAUACAUUGCAUGACCUUUUAAAAUUGGAACAUAUUGGAAAACACUAGGCAUCAUAUGUGAUCUGAUGACUUUUAAGUCAUUCCUAGUCGUUGCUGACAAAUGAAAACAAUAUGUGUUCUAAAAUCAACUCGUUUGAUAUCCUCCAGGUGAAUAGAAACAGAAUCAGAGUCAGUGACCAUUAUACGCUACGCAAUUUUCUUUAAACUCAGACUGCCCCAAAAUCUGCAGAAUGCCUCUGCCUUUUGACAACUAUGGGCAACUUGUCCAGCCCUGUAGUGUAUUGGAGCCUUGAAAGGCUGCCUUCUGGCCAAAUUGUAAUGCAACAUUGUAUGCAUCCUUUACCAUUAUGCACAAUGAAUAUUGCAGUCCUACAGGCAACUUGGAUUUUGCCUUAGAUAUGUAUACAUAGAUACCUUUUAAUGUAGCUCAGCCCAUUUUCGGUGGUGGUCUUAUGUCUUCCAGUUUGUAUUUCCACAGCAUGAAGGUAAGUUGUAUGCAUUUAUGAAUCAUCCAAUUGUUAUAAAAUCUUCCCAAUCUACUGACAUUUGUUAUGACAUUUGCUUUCAAACAUUACAAUGCACUUGAUAACGUGUUAACACUACAAAAAGUAAAUCCAGCUAAUUACUUUUCAGCAGUGAUCAGAAUCACGUUUAUUGCCAAGUAAUGUAGGUAUACAUAUACAGGGAAUUUGUCUUGGUAAAUUGGUGCUUGACAAAGACAACAGAAAACCAAAAAUAAAUAAUAGAACAAUGAGGUAAACAAUUUUAAAGUAAGGCAAGUAAAAGCUAUACAAUAAAAGCAAGAAAAAAUGUAGGAAGAUAAAAUUAAAAUAUAAAAUACAAAUGUAAUGUAACACUAUAAUGCUAUAGAGCAGGGGUCACCAAACUUGGUCCUGGAGGGCUGGUGUCCUGCACAGUUUAGCUCCAACUUGCCUCAACACACCUGCCUGAAAGUUUAAAGUAUAUCUACUAAGACCUUGAUUAGCUGGCUUCAGGUGUGUUUAAUUAGGGUUGGAGCUAAACUCUGUAGGGCACCGGCCCUCCAGGACUGAGUCCGGUAACCCCUGCUAUUGAAUUUAAGCAAAAACAAGUUCAAAGACCAGAUUCUAAAGAUGGCUGCACACUUGCAUUAGGUUUGUACAUAAGCCUUCUGCCAUACUGGGAGGGUCAAAGAGCAAGUUGACUUUGUAUUUUGUUAUACGCAUAUAUCUAUCUUCAGUAGACUUCAGCAGAUGAUUUUGUUGAACUAACACAAUACAAAAAGAUGAAGCUGUUAGCUAACACGCCAUUUAAAAACUUACCAUAGUUUAUAUUUAUUAUAUUAAAAACACAAGCCAACACAUUUUCACCCAGUUUCGCCUAGUUUGUGGUUUUCCCGUGGAAUUGGGCUACUUUAACAUUGUUGCCAUGGGUUGAAGCGACUCCAAUAACAUAACAUUUAGCCCCUGGAAUUCUAAUUUGACCAGGGUAACCCCCUUCAAAAUGCGAUUGGGCUACUUUUGAGUAGCAGUUGGGGGGGAAGGGGGUUGUUCUCAGGGUUGAACUUUGUUCUAACCUCUAAAAAUGUUCAUCCAAUUUCUUUCGUUUUUACAAACUGAGGCAGCACAAUGUUAUGGCACCUUGGAAAACUUAUUGAUUUUUACUGUAGGUGACGACACAUUGACUGUUCCAAGAUGGCGAUGGCGUCAAUAUCUGGAGCAGUCAGUUGUGGCAUCUACCUGCCAAUAUCUAUGAGGUUCCCCCACAUCUACUAAACUAGAAAAUGUUGACGUUGCAAAUGGGCAGCUCGAGUAUUCCCACCUCCAACUAUGUCUGAAACACAACAUUAGUCCAUCCACAAUCCACAUUGAGAGAAAUGUUUAUUAUAAAUACAGUGAAUUUCAUUCAUAAUGAAAUAUAAUGAUUAAAAUAUAUAUAUACUAUCUUAGCGUAUAGCAUAGCAAACAUCCAAAUGACAAACUGCACAAGUUGCUGUCUAUGAGGAGAGUUCCAAAUCAGUCAUUUGUGAGAUUCCAUUGUAGCUUGGAUCACUCCAUACAAGUCAGCUGCUUGUGUAGGCAGUAAGGCAGCUUACUAGGUUUUGGAACAGAGCCAUUGAUUUGGUGUAGUAUAUAGAGGUUUAUCAUAUAAAAGUUACAGUUUUGCCCUGUAAAGCACAAAGAAAUUACAAGUGUGUAAGUGUACUUUGCAUGUGUCUAGAUUUACAUUAAAUCUAAUAUAUAAAUCAUAAUGUUUGGAUAUCUGUAGACUGCUGUCUGAUUCAAGGCUGAAAACGUGAAUUCAAAAUUCGGGUGUGUAUGAAAAUAAAAUAAACAUUGUAAAAUGAAAAUUUAAGAAUCAGCUGGCCUUGAUCCAAAUGGGCAACAGGUGAAAAGAGUUCCCGCAUAAGCACUUAUGUUUAAUCCAAUGCUUUUAAUAUUAAUUUUCAGAUGGCUAAUUGGCUAAAUUAUUACAUU